AUGGCGCUUGUGGAGGUGGUGGUGGUGACAACAUGGUGGUGGAGGUGGCAGCAUGGUGGUGGUGGUGGUGGUGGUUGUGGUGGUGGAGGAGGUGGUGGUGGUGGUGGUGGCGGUGGCGAUGGCGGUGGUUGUGGAGGUAGUGAAUGUGGUGGUGUAAGUGGUGGAGUUGGAUGUGGAAGUGGAGGUGGUGUUAUUUUUUAA